AUGGUUGCUACGGCUCUCCUGGCUGUAUCAGCCGUUGCUUCCGCCGCCGCUGCUUCCAAUGCUGGAGGCGUUGUGGCAGGGGCGGGUUUGCCUGCGUUUGCGUCCCCCCCCACGGUCGACGGCGGCCGUGCCCUAGGCAGUUGGGCAACAGCAGCAGCAGCAGGGGCUGCUGGUCGGAAGACUACCUGGCGUCAUGCGGAGGCGGAGGCGACAGGUGUGGCGUUCGGUGGCGAGGGUCGAGCGAUGGACCGAGCGUCACAGGCUGAAUCCAAGUACAGAGAGGCUUUGGAGGAGGCGUUGCGGGCGGCCAGGGAGCACGGGGACUCGUCGCCUCAGGCGGUGGCCGCUUGGGACGUUGUCGACGAGAUCGAGGCGUCGAAUAACUCGAUCGCGUGGAGGCCGGCCCUGGACCAGGCCUGCUCUGUAGCUGGGGAAGGGGAUGACAUGGAGCUGUGCAUGGAGUACAACAAGGACUUGGAUCGCCUUAAGGAAAUUUUGCAGCCAUCCGACACGGCUGAGGAGGAAGAGCGGGAGAGGUUUACGAUCGAAGAGAUCGUGCCGGUUCCGGUGCCGAACCUGAAAACCAAAUUCAAGCCUUCAGGGGUUGCCAACCUGGAUAUCGCGUCGGACAGCCUUGGGAGCGUUACCCACUACACCAAGCUCAUAGGGGAGCAAGACAUCGUCUUAUACGAGCACGUUCGAGGCCCCGGGAGGAUGCCGGCUGCGAAGGGCUUUCUCCGAGCAGGGCCACGGGCAUCGCUUCAUUUCAAGCCUACGGAAGUCCGCGCCGCCGUGGUGACGUGCGGGGGACUGUGCCCGGGAUUGAACAGCGUCAUCCACCACCUCGUGCUCACGCUCUUCAACAUCUACGACGCCGAAAAGGUGUUCGGCAUUGUCGGAGGAUUCGCGGGAUUCUGGGACGAGAACCAUCCCCCUAGAGAGAUGUCGGUGAAAGACGUUGAGCUCGUCCAGCACGAGGGUGGAUCGAUUCUCGGGUCUGCGCGUGGCGGCUUCGAUUUGGAUAAGAUCAUCGACUUCAUCAACGAUAACCAGAUUAAUCAAUUGUAUAUCAUUGGGGGAGACGGGACUCACCGCGGAGCAGUAAGGAUAGCGACGGAGUGCAUGGCAAGGGAUAUGAACGUGGCGGUAGCAGGCGUGCCGAAGACCAUCGACAACGAUGUCGACAUCAUCGAUCGCUCCUUCGGGUUCCAGACGUCAGUCGAGGCUGCUCAGCAUGCCAUCGAAUCCGCUACCACAGAGGCAAGGUGUGCGAUACCCAACGGGGUCGGCGUGGUGAAGCUAAUGGGUCGAUCAUCGGGCUUCAUCGCAGCAAUGGCUACCCUCGCUUCUGGGGACGUGGACCUGUGCCUUGUGCCGGAGUCUGACAUUGUGCUUGACGGGCCCCGUGGCUGCUUGCCGCACAUCAUGAAGAGGGUAAGGGACGGUCGCGGAACUCGUGUCAGCAAGCACAGCGCUGCUGAUAAGGGUGUAUCGUCGUUCGGUGCCCUUUCGUACGGACAAGGCUGUACUCUUGUCGCACUCUUGCUGGUGAUGAUCAUAUCAUGCUACUAUGUCAAGUUGGCUGUUCGCUGCGAAGGUUGGCAGUGGCAGCUACAACAAAAGCUGCCUGUAUUUUUUAUUUUUUUUUAGGAAAAUCGCGACGAAGUGCGACAUUUAUAGCACUACUAAGGCAGGUUGUGUUGUGGGUGACGCCAGCGGCAAUAUAUGGGAGUUGAAAUGUGUCACCAAAGGAUAAAUGAUUUGCCACAGCAGGGGGUACAUGACGACGACGAUGUAAUUUGUUGUGUGUAUUGUGUGCAUUGCCCUUUUCCGGCAAUAUCGUGCGCCCGAUGUUCGUAGUUGCUUAUUGACUUGGCGUGGCUUGGUAUAUGUUCAUUAAAUUUGCCUCGAGGUUCCCUUGCGUGCAGGCAGAG